AUGAGAGGGCUAGGCUGGAUUGCAGCCAUCAAUGUCGUGCUACUGGCCAAAAGCAGUGAUGUCGUUUUAGCCGAGUCGCGCUAUAAAUGGAAUACGUUUCAGCUAGAUUGGUUGGAGUCACUAAACAUAACCCACGAACUCCACAAUGUAACAACCGAAGAUGGAUAUCAGCUGCAGGUGCAACGUCUGCCCCAAAAGGGAGCUCAUUCCGUGCUCCUGGUCCAUGGCCUAUUGGGCUCCUCGCUGGAAUGGGUUAUCCUCGGGCCAGAUAGGAGUUUAGCAUUUCAGCUCCACCAGCGCGGCUACGAUGUGUGGCUGGCUAACCUGCGAGGAACGGCGCCCUUUGGACGCCGGCACGUGGAACUCACCGACGUUAUGGCUGAGUUUUGGCGCUUCAGCUUCCACGAACACGGAGCCUACGAUUUGCCGGCCAUAAUUGACCACAUGGCGGAGGUCACUGGUGAGGAGAGUGAAUCGGAUGGUCAACUGGACGAGGAGGGGAGGGAGAAACCGCCGGGACAAGUACUGCUAAUUGGACACUCGCAGGCCUUCAAUGCGUUUUUGGUCCUCUGCUCGAUGCAUCCUCGUUUCAAUCAGCGCAUCAAACUGAUCCAGGCAAUGGCACCCUUGGCUAGACUCCACCGCCAGGUGCAAUUCGAUUCCACCCAUGUCCGCCACCUCAUGAAGUUUGUCAAGAAACGCCAAAAGGUCAAUAGCUUUGAGAUUUUUCCACCUGGCUACCUGCGAAAAAUAUGCCAAAGCAAAUCGGAUGUGUGCGAAUAUUACGCCAAACAAUUUAUAGGCAGUGCCAAGAACAACAAAAAGCUACUGGAACCUUUCAACUAUGAGUAUUUGCUGCAAGGCGGCUCCGCCCGAGAGAUAAAACACCUCCAGCAGAUAUGGAAAUCUGGUGACUUUAUUGCCUACGACUAUGGACCAGUAGAAAAUAUGCAAAUAUAUCAUGGGGUAGAGGCUUUGGGCUAUAAUGUUAGCCAGAUCAGUGUACCAAUAAUAUUAUAUUUUGGAGAGACGGAUGCUAUUGCCACGCCGAGUGGGGUGCAUGCCAUAUAUGCCAAAAUGUUGAAAUCGGUAAAGAGUGUUAGAAGAAUCGAAUCGGCCAAGUUCAAUCACCUGGACUUCCUUAUCUCGGCCGAUGUCAAAACAUUGGUAACCGACAAAUUAAUUGGGCAUCUGGAGCAGUUUCUCGAGGGCCGAUUGCCGUACGUAAUCGAAUGACCGUCAUAAAAAAAGGUGCUACUUAACAUCAAAGACGUUCGUUGGGGAGUCUACAAAAAAAUAAAAAAAAAAAACCCUGCUGACGAUAAAAAAUAAUAAUUGACCAGCGAAAUGGUUUAUUUGCCUUGGUAGCCGGCCAAAAUGGCAAUUAUGUAACGCGGUAGCUAAAUCAUAAAAAAAAUAUUCAUACAAAUGUAUAAUUCAAAGAGUCAGUCGCCACAACUGGUCGACACUUUUACUUUCUUUGGACGGCGAACAAAAAAACGUAUUUGUUGCCAUUGGCCAUUGUGCUGGUUUUGGCCAGCAAGGUAUUGGGGUUAUUGAGUAAUUUCUAUAGCCAAUUAGUUGUUGUUGCCAAAAAAGAAAGAGGAGAACGAUUGAUAUUUUAU